CCUGUCCCCAACCUUUCGCCCCACCUGUAUCCCUGCCGCAGUUCAACCUGUCUUCCUUGACAGCUCCUGUUUUCCAAUAACCACAUUUCCAGGUGUGGGAAACUUUUCUUCAGGUUUCUAAAACAGGAAGCACGUAGAUCCUUUUGUGGCUGCCCUAUCUGCCCUACACACAGAAGUCAUCCUUCAUUCCCUAGCUUGUUUCCUACAGACCCAGCGAGAAAGUCACUGUAGCCAACCCUCUGCCUGAGCCUUGGGAGGCGGGGGCAGCUGUCCCCGGAGGAUGCGGAGAGGGAAAGGUGUCAGCUCGGUACAGAGCUGGGGGGCUGCAUGAGAACAGAAUGAUGCCGCUGAACAUCAUGAGAGUCUGGGGCGGUGGCUGUGCCCCGGGCUGAAGCGCACGGAGCUGUCCGUUCAGCACCAUCGCGCGGAGCGGGGCUCCAGGCCCUCUGUAAGGCGCACCAGCUCGGUUCCCGCCCCCGCCCCGCGGGCGCCUGCGGCGUGGGCUCCUGCUUCUCUUGGCGAGUGAGGGGUGCGCGUAUCGGAAAAGGGGGGCUCCACGAGCAUCGGGGCCACGCAGCCACCUGUGAGCCUCUCGUGGCUGCGGGCGGCGGCGUGCGGGGCCGGAGACUGAAGGAGGCGCACGGCGGACCCCGCCUGCCCGGUGGCGGGGCACACACAGGCGCACUCGUCUACAGCUCGCACCCGCGCGCACUCGCGCAGCCAGCCAGCUGCGGCCACCGCGGCGAUGCUGGCCAGCAGGUCGGGCAAGUUUCCCGCCGGCCUCGGCCGCAGGCGCCGGUGCACCCAGAUUUACGGACUGAAGCACUGAAUUUCCCCGCCCCCUCCCAAAUCUCCGCGCCCCCUUCUUAGCCCAGGCCUGCCUGUGCGCAUCUCAGCUUGGAUCCCGCCUGUCUGCGGCGAGAGGGCGGGGGCGUCUCCUUGGUCUGCUUACAGGCAAGGUGUAGCGCCCCCGCGCGGCGCGGACUCCUGGGCAUUUCCAGCAUGACCCGCCAGAGCCUGUGGGACGUGUCGGAGGCCGACGUCGAGGAUGGAGAAAUCCGCAUCAACGUAGGCGGCUUCAAGCGGCGCCUGCGCUCCCGCACACUGCUGCGCUUCCCCGAGACACGCCUGGGCCGUCUGCUCCUCUGCCACUCGCGAGAGGCCAUUCUGGAACUUUGCGAUGACUACGACGACGUCCAGCGUGAGUUCUACUUCGACCGUAACCCCGAGCUCUUUCCCUAUGUGUUGCAUUUCUACCACACCGGCAAGCUCCACGUCAUGGCUGAGCUGUGCGUCUUCUCCUUCAGCCAGGAGAUCGAGUACUGGGGAAUCAACGAAUUCUUCAUCGACUCCUGCUGCAGCUAUAGUUAUCACGGCCGCAAAGUGGAACCUGAGCAGGAGAAGUGGGAUGAGCAAAGUGACCAGGAAAGCACCACGUCCUCCUUCGAUGAGAUCUUGGCCUUCUACAACGAUGCUUCCAAGUUCGACGGGCAGCCCCUGGGCAACUUCCGCAGACAGCUGUGGCUGGCACUGGACAACCCGGGCUACUCGGUCCUGAGCAGGGUCUUCAGUGUCCUUUCCAUCUUGGUGGUGCUGGGCUCCAUCAUCACCAUGUGCCUCAACAGCCUGCCGGACUUCCAAAUCCCUGACAGCCAGGGCAACCCUGGCGAGGACCCCAGGUUCGAAAUCGUGGAGCACUUCGGGAUCGCCUGGUUCACGUUUGAGUUGGUGGCCAGGUUUGCUGUGGCCCCUGACUUCCUCAAGUUCUUCAGGAAUGCGCUGAACCUUAUUGACCUCAUGUCCAUUGUCCCGUUUUACAUAACUCUAAUAGUGAACCUGGUGGUGGAGAGUUCUCCUACUUUGGCUAACUUGGGCAGGGUGGCUCAGGUCCUGCGGCUGAUGCGGAUCUUCCGGAUUCUCAAGCUGGCCAGACACUCCACUGGCCUCCGCUCCUUGGGAGCUACCCUGAAAUACAGCUACAAGGAAGUGGGACUGCUCUUGCUCUACCUCUCAGUGGGGAUUUCCAUCUUCUCUGUGGUGGCCUACACCAUUGAAAAGGAGGAGAAUGAGGGCCUGGCCACCAUCCCCGCCUGCUGGUGGUGGGCCACCGUCAGUAUGACCACUGUUGGGUAUGGAGAUGUGGUCCCAGGGACCACAGCCGGGAAGCUGACUGCCUCCGCCUGCAUCUUGGCAGGCAUCCUGGUAGUGGUCUUGCCCAUCACUUUGAUCUUCAAUAAGUUCUCCCACUUUUAUCGGCGCCAAAAGCAACUUGAGAGUGCCAUGCGCAGCUGUGACUUUGGAGAUGGAAUGAAGGAGGUCCCUUCAGUCAAUUUAAGGGACUACUAUGCCCAUAAAGUUAAAUCCCUCAUGGCUAGCCUGACAAACAUGAGCAGGAGUUCACCCAGUGAACUGAGUUUAGACGAUUCUCUACAUUAGUUGGGACACAGACUUACAUUGCUUAUCUGCUGUUUGUGCCUCUGGCACAGUCCAGGCUCUGUAGGGCUAUGGCAUGAGGAGUCAUCCUGACCCUAGAGGGAUAGCUGCAUGGGAUAUGAGCCCUAGAUUGCCUUUGCAAUGUUUAGAGUCAUUUCCUUGGAGGAUGGUUGUGUCUAAAACCAUACCUUUGCCCCUUCGAUGAAAUGACACUCACUGGCCUUUGCAUAAAAUGUUCACCUUUCUGCCAGAUGAGUAUCUAGAAUGCCGAUUUCUCUAUCCACUGUGUACACCAUUCUAGUGCUUAGACCCCAGUAUUAUCUGUGAGUUUUCUGUGCUCCUAUUUUUGAGGUUGUUGUGUGAGUUCUGUACAAGAUGCCCUGACAAUUCUGUCCAGUGGAAACAUAUCUGUCUAUGAGGUCAGCAAGGAUAUCGUGAGAUUUGGCUCACAACCAUGUGAAAACAAUCUCAAUGAUCUAUCCAUUGCUUUUAUUUAAUUUUAAUACUAAAAUAGAAAGAUUGCAAAGCUAAGCACACUUGACCAACGCAAGUCUUCGGGGUGUCUUCCUACCUAAUCCUGUCUUGUGGUGUGCAUGAUGCACAAUUACUUUUUAGAAAGAUGUGUAUUGACAUGUAUCUCCUAAGUGUCAGUGUAAGAGAUGUGACUCAGUCAACAUGUCAGAAGGACUGAAUGUUUCCCCCCAGACAGAUAGUUUAGGGACAGGGACUUUAGCUAAGCAUGGACCAUACCAAACCCCAGCGUGCUGUAAGCAGAGUUCAUGUAGGCUAAUCUCUUUUAUUGAUGGUCAGGCCUCUACUUUUCCUGGGGAAAUUACAGAGAUGUUUAUUUCUGGCUGAGAUUCUCAAUCCAGGCCAUUUUGACCAAAGUUUUCUGUGUCUUGAUAUUAGCAUGUUUUUCAAGUAUUUGUUUUAUAAGAUGUUUAGGAAUAAGAGCGUGCUGUUUUUCUUAUCUAGAAGAGUUAGUGUUGCUGUCUUUGUAAGGUAAGCACUGUUAGGUUGCUAGCAAGGGCAGUAGCUUAAACAUUUUCUUGCCUGCUCUGAAAGCUAAUAAAAUGACAGCGCUUUUGUUUCCAAGCAGAGUUUGCUUUAGGUGGUUUUGCUUCUAGGACACAGGAUAGUAUGUGCAAUGUUUUGAUUGCCUCAAGUCCCUGCUGUAACAUGGUAGUGCAGAGGCAUAUUCACAUUAGUGAGAUUAGCGCAGUUUACCCAGGGUGGGAAGCUGUAGUCUUUAUUUCCACCGCAAUUGCAGCGGUUUUUUUUUUUUUUUUUUUGUUUUUUUGUUUUUUUUUUUUUUUUUUUUAGAGGAGGAGAAUGGCUAGAGACCAGAAGAAAAGAGUUAUAAAACCAAAACUACUACUUCAUAAAAUAUAAAUAACUGUGAAGUUCUUUAAAAGCUUAAAGCUAGUAAAAAAAAAAAAAUCUUUCAACCACUAAGCUCUAUUGAACGGUUACCUCUAUUUCCUUUUCCAACAUACUGUUUAGUUAGUCAGCACAAAACACAAUGAAGAGGAACCUGGGGCCCCUGUUAAGAUAAUUCUUCCCCAUCAUCUUCUAAGUAAUCUGGUGGUUUUCCAGUGGCUUUUGUUAUUGUUAAGUCUUUGGCAAGGCUAUAGAAUCCAGGGAUCCAAAUAUGGAGAUAAAUAGGCUUUUAAUCCAAAGUUUGGGCCUACUCUUAGUUGGUCCAUUUUGUGUUUUAGUCGGUUAAAGAUAAUCCACACCUAACAGGGGUGUGAAGUGGAUCCUUUCAGAGGGCUUUGUGUAUUAGUAGUUGCCAUGGUAAUUACAGUGUGGGUGGUUUGUUAGAUGGAUGCAUUGGCCAUUUAAUGCCCUUGAGCCUCCAGUUCAAAUCUUUCAUCAGACUGGAGUCUCACGCGGGGAGAGGGUGGCAACCUCCUAGUGCCUACAUGCAGACACAACUAUGUCUAUUAUUCCAAAGCAGCAGGAAUAUGAGAUGACUUGAGAAACUAUACCCAUGAGCCAGAAGAAGGCUGGUUUGGAGUUUGCACAUGGAACUCUUGUUGUUGGCUAUUAUCUUCAGCCCUGGAAGACAGAACAUUUACAAAUCCAUCCUCAGCUGCACGCCAGGCAGGUGAUGGCAUAGCCAUGAGGACUGUGCAGUCUGCUGAGGCUGAUGGUAAAAGGUAACUGGAUGUGUUAUCCAUGGCCACUGACCGGGAAGCUGAUGGCAAGAAGAAAAGAGCCAAAAGGCAGAAUAACUUAGCCAUUCUCAUAAGGAUUUUUUCUGAAUGAGCAGGUUUACCACCAAAAAAAGAGAUACCUCUAAGUGGGUACCUACAAGGAUAUGAAAGCUGGAAAACUUGACUUUUCUUUUUGGUAAUGACUUGUUUUAUCUGGUGCCUUUCACUGGGGGAAUCCCACAGUGCUUUACAGACUGUCUUUUAAACAUUUCUUGUAUAUAUAUAUGUAUCCUUGUGAAAGAAUAUUCCUUUGCUCACCAAGAUUUUCAGUCACUUCUGAGCUUGAGAAUGUCCUAAUAUCAUUGUGUCCUCCAAGCAGUGGUUUUAGAGACCUGAGGGAGAACACCCCCAAAGGCUAGAACACUACAGUGAAUUCCCGUAGGAGGUGAAGAAUGGAGGUGACUCUGGAAACCUUUCCUUCAUCACCAAACCACACCGAGGUCUGAAGUUCACAAGUGCUGGCUCAGACACAGCCUCUGAUUGGCCAUGUUAGAUAACAGCUCCCCCAGUAGUUUCUCCUGGCAACCAGGGAAGGGCAGAGGUUAAGUGAGCCCAUCCAGCGGUCAAGGUGGCCUGUGCUCAGUCCUUGCUUGGGGGAGCACAGUAGACACAGCGUCACCAUGUCCAGCUGGUGGCUGAAGGGCAGCUUUACUUGGCUGAAUGUUUCUGAGACAAACACACGGGCCAAGUCUUCCUCACAGCGUGUGAGGUGGACAAUGGAAGUGACUCGUGUUCAUUGAACAGAUGCAUUAGUCUUAGGCUGUGUUUUCCAUCAGACCUCCGAAUUUCCUGGGUUUGUUGCAGAGGAGGCACGUGUUGAAUGUUGAGCUCAUGCUUAGCUCAUCAGGUAGUAAUUGAUGUUUAAUAUUUGGAUUUAUGUUUCUGCUUAUCAUGGCACUCAAAUCACUGAACUACCUGUUAAUUCUUGUUUCAUUUCAAUGAAAAUGAUUUGUUCUGCACUUUGGGGUAGCGGCAGUCUGGACAGGCUGUGUGGUCUCUACUUGAAGGCUUAACUGGUAUUUCUUGUAUGUUUUAACAGCAUGACUUGUCCCAGGGUUGUAAUUUUAAACAUCGAGAACACUGUAUUUGCGACGUCGGUUUUAACACUCAUUAACACUAUCGUGCAAGCAUCCUGGCGCUCCACCGCACCGUUACUUCUGACUGCUCUGCUUGAAGUCCCUGUGCCUCAACUCCAGAAUGAGGCACAUGACUGACGCACUCAGGAUGCCAACCUUGCAACUAUGCAGAUUAAACAGAAAACAAUUCUUUCACUUCCUUAAGGCCCCUCAAUUACACAUGGAGUGAGAGAUAAGGACAUUGGGAUGGCAGGAACUGGAUUGCUUGAGGAAGGCUGAACUGAAUUUGGUUUGGUUUGGGGUUUUGUUUUUGUGUGUUUAUGUAUGUGUGGUAUGUGCAUGUGUGUGUUCAUAUUCACACAUGUGUAGAUGCUAUUGGGCAUUUUUCUCAAUCACUGUGCACCUUAUAUAUUCAAGCAGGAUCUGUCACUUGAACCCAGCACAUCAGUUUUGCUAGUUUAGCUAGCAGCUUGCAUUUGGGAAUACUUGUCUCUGCCUCCAUGUGCUGGGAUGUAGGUCAUCCUGCCUCCCCACAUUUACAUGGGGUUUGGAGAUAUAAAUGAUGAUCUCGCAGCCUCAAGGCUGAGCUUUUUGAGCAGUGUGUGGAAAGGAAACCUUUCUUCUUGGCAGGCAGCUGUUUGCAAAAAUCUGGAGCUGCUGGGUGAUUGGGAGAAGGGAUGGUUACAUUGUCUUGGGACCCCAGUGGACCAGACACUCCUAAAAGAUUUCCUUCGCACUCAAUGUCUCACUGAGAGCCUUAGACAACCCUGCCCUGCCAAUCUUUCUACAAUUCAAGUGGUUACUGAGCGUAAAGGAGGCACAGAGUGUCCAGGCUGGAUGGGUGUGAGUAUUGUUGGAGGAUUCAUGGAAUUGGCUCCUAGCCAUCUGGAACUUAGAGUCCAAGGUGGGCCCAAGGCUUUACCAACAGCUCCUGGCCUUUCUUUCCACUGCUGCAGAGUGAGAUAAUCCCUAAAGCUCUGCCAUUUGUUUUCCCUAGCAUGAAAGCAGAAUGUCUGCUUGUCUCUAAUGUCCUCGUUACAGUGUGAGCACUCCUCACGUUUCUAAUUUAUCUGAAGGCAGGGACAGGGUCCUAGAGAAAGGCUUGGGCCUAGUGUCUGGUUCAAGUGCCUUGCAUGUUUAAAUAAGCAGCCAUUGUCUCCUGUGAGCUCCAAGUUAUUUGCAUUUACUUACAUGUAAUCCAAAUUCUUGCUAUUAAAAGUUAUUAGGCAGAGAGUAAAGAUCACAUGCAUUCUCUUUGCUUCACUUUUUCCACUAUUUGUGAAGCCAGGCAGGUCCUUGACCCUGUUCCUUGAGGACAGGGAAGCUCUGUGUCUGGCUGAGGGGACACACGCCUAGCUUCCCAGGUAAUUCACUGCAGGAUGUUGGAUUCUGCUGACAUUCAGGGAAAGCUGAGGUGAAUGUCAUUGGGGAGACCCGAGACUGCACUGGAGUCUUACCAUGACCUAUGUGUUCCCAUCUAGUGGGGUGUGGCUUGAUUCAUCAUUCCAAUGGGAGAAUAAACAUGUAUCAGAGGCAAGACAAAGACCCCUCAGAAAAAUACUGCACUCAGAGUUCAUCUCUUUUUAAAAUUUUAAUUGAUUUAUUUAUUCACUUUACAUCCAGUUCAUCUCAUAUUUUCAGAACCUUUAACUAGCAUUCUACUGAGGAUUUGACCAGAGCAAAACAUUCCAUUGAUACUGCAGAACUGAAAAGCUGGUUUUCUUCUGUUAUUUGUCAAUAUCACUAAGCAGAGACUGGGUUAGCAGCUGACAUGACUCACCCCAGAGCUGUGGAAAUUCUUAUCAAAGAAAAUGAGGAUGGGAAGAAGGCAGGAAAAAGAGAGGAAGAAGGAAAAGAAAUUACAGGGGCGGUGAAUAAAAGAAAACAAAGAGAAAGAAUGGAGGUAAGUCAGAGACCGAGAGAGGCAACAUUUAAUGAGAUUAGGAAAGAGACUAGAUGUCUGUCAAAAAAGACACUGUUGGAGGUCAGAGAGAACACAAGGAGCCUCCUCCCUUCCCCUUCCUCUUUCCCCUUCCCUUCCUUCCCCUUCCCUUCUUCCCCCUCUUCUCUCCUCCCUCUCCCUCAUGAGCCCACCUCUCUCCCCUCCUCCUUUCUGCCUAUCCCCACCAGUCAGUACAAGCACCUGCUCAAGCAAAGCCCAGGAGACAAAGUGCUAAAAAGU